CAUCCACACUUUUGUUCUGCAAACGAAUCCAAUGUCACUCAUCCAAUUCACCCUCUUCUUCUUCAUCAUCUUCCUCCACAACUCCAAAACCGUGACUUCAUCCACAUCUUUCAUAGCUCCAAUCACCCGAGACCCAUCAACCGAACUCUACACCAUAACCAUCUCCUUCAAAACGCCUCUUCAAUCCACCAACUUACUACUCGAUCUCGGUGCCAAAUUCACCUGGAUCGAUUGCACUCCUGACUCCUACACCUCCACAACUCACCGUUACAUCCCCUGUGGAACCAACCUGUGUGCCUCACUCACCUCACUCGCUUGUUCUAAUUGUUUCCGCCCCACCGGUCCUGGCUGCCACAAUAAUUCCUGUGCUUUGUUCCCCGAGAACCCUGUUAUCAAGAACACUGUUCUGGCUCAGGCAUUGAUUGACUACUUUGCUUUGAAUGUUACUGAUGGCCAGAACCCAGGUCAGUUAGGUGUGGUUCCGGAUUUUGUUGCUUCGUGCUCGGAUAACUCGUUGCUUCGUGGGUUGCCUGAUGGGGUUUCUGGAUUGGCUGGCCUUGGACGGUCAAAUUAUUCGCUCCCGGCGCAGGUUAGUAGCGUCUAUGCUUCACCCAACAUAUUUGCGCUAUGCCUUCCCGGUGUGUCAAGUGCAUCAUCCGGUUCAGCCUUCUUCAACACAGGCGGCCCAUACUAUUUCUUUCCCGGAAUCGACCUCUCAAGUCACCUUGUAUACACUCCACUCAUUCUAAAUCCGAUCGGAUUCACCAUCAUAACCUACUACGGCCAACCCUCAGACGAGUACUUCAUCAAUGUCACCUCUAUCAACAUCAAUGGCAAACCAUUGGAAUUCAACCCUUCGCUAUUAACAAUCGAUGACGACGGUUUUGGUGGAACCAGAUUGAGCACCGUCACUCCUUACACCACGUUAGAAACCUCAAUCUACAACGCCUUCAUUCAAGCGUUUGUAAACGAGUCUGCAGCGCUCAACCUCACAGUAACGGAUGCAGUGAGUCCGUUUGAGGUGUGUUAUGCAGCGAGUGAUGUUUAUAGCACACCGUUAGGGCCUGCAUUCCCGGUUAUUGAUCUUGUGAUGCAUAGUGAAGAUGUGUUUUGGAGGAUAUCUGGAGCGAAUACGAUGGUGAGUGUUGCAAGGGAAGAUGAAGAUGGAGGAGACGUGUGGUGCUUGGGGUUUGUUGACGGUGGUGAGAAGCCGCGGACAUCUGUGGUGAUAGGAGGGCAUCAGAUGGAGGAUAACUUGUUGCAGUUUGAUCUCGUGUCGAUGAGAUUAGGGUUCAGUUCGUCUGUUUUGGUGCAUGAUACCAACUGUGCAAGCUUCAACUUUACCGAUGAUCCUGGUGUCUAACAACUUCAACUGUAAUUUUUCCAAGGAUAUUCUUGUAUUGUUUAUUUGAUGUUUGUUAUUAGGUUAGCUUCAUUGAGUGUGUGUUUUUCGAUCAAAAUGGUCGAACUUGAAUACCACAGCUUGUAACAUAAGCAAUUUAAAUGCAAAAUUUGCAGCAAUGAGUUGUAGGGAA